GGCUGUCCCUACUCCCUAAAGUAGCCCACCCCCUCCGGAUCCCUCAGUUUACGUUCCUGCCGUCGAAGCUGCGCAGCGCACCAGAACUGAAAACACAAGUACUGUAUUUUUUUGUAGUGUUUUCACCGCUAAACAUGGCGAAAAUCAACCCCUGCCUCAAACGGACCUUCACCAUCUUCAACAUCAUCUUCGCGAUUAUCGGCGGAUUCAUCAUCGGGCUCGCUCUGCUGUCUCAGGUCCUCACCAGCGUUAAUGGAGGAAACGACCUGGACGGUCGCACCACCGGCCUCAUCGUCCUCUACGUGGUGGGCACCAUUACCAUGGUGAUCGCCAUCCUGGGAGCCUAUGGAGCCCAUAAGGAGAACAAAGUAGCUCUGAUCGUGUUCCUGGUUUGUAUGGUGGUCGGAAGUCUGCUGAUGCUUCGGACCGGAGUCCCCGCCGCCGCCGCCCGUCCCAGGAUCAGAGGAGUGUUGGAGGAGAAAUUUCAUCAACUUCUGCCUUUGGACAAAGCUUCAGAGGAUGUGAAAGACAUGGCCGACACCCUGCAGAGACAGCUGCACUGCUGCGGUCUGUUCAGCUAUGAGGACUGGGAGCAGAACAUCCCCGACUCCUGUCUGUGCAACGACGUGGAGCAGAGUGAGGGAAAGUGUCAGAACGUGCAGACCAGCUACAGAUCUCUCUUGCUGCCGACAAAGUCCGUCUACAUCAAGUCCUGCUUCCCCAUCGUCAUGUACUACAUCCUGAUGGUCGCUGACAUCAUGAUCGGUGUCGUCUUCACUCUGGCUGUGCUGGCGCUGCUCGGCAUGAUCCUGUCCUCCAUCAUGAUCUACCAGAUGCGUCACCCCGAAACCCCCGCCGUGCUGAUGACGGUGCCCGCCAUCUUCACCUCGGGGCCUCCCAAGUACCAGGAGCUGCACAACCCUCCCGCCUACUAGAGGAGCCUCCUGCGUCUUGUGUCGCCAGCUCCGUUUAACAAGUUCAGGAUGUUGUUGUUGUUGGUUUUUUUUAUGUUGUUUAUGUUUGUUUCUCCUUGAUUUUGAGGCUGUAGAAGCAAUGAGACGAUCCAAAGUGCCUUAAAUGACUGUGAGGACGUCUGACUGUGGACGCCGCUGAGAUCAGUGGCAACACGAUGAAAGAGAUAAAAACACCACUGGGUUUAAUGGUCUAAUGAGGAGCUGCUCAAAAAGAUCUGCAGUGAGAUUAGAAGCUGCUCUUUUUAAACAAAUUUCUUUACAGUGAAUCUUAUUUGUAUUUUUUUUUUUUUGGUCAGAAUCUGCUGUUUUAAUACGACCAGAGAGGAGCGUUAGAACCGUCUUCUUUUCUCUCUCGAUCAACGAAAUGUUAACUUUAAGAUCAAUAAUUUCAUUUUCUGACUGUUUUUAAUGUCGUAAUCUAACAUUUAACAAGCUGCAGCUAAGUUUCAAAAUCAGACACCAAACCGGCUCCUUUUUUAAACCUAAACGAGACUUAAACGUGUUUCUCGUCUCAUUUGUAAAGAGAA